AUGACCGGUCCCGGGCCCUUCGCGGCCGCCGCCUGGGGCGGUCGACCGGAGCGGGAACCGGCGCGAGCGCCUUUGCCAGCGACGGCUGCAGACAGCCCGGUGCUGUCGUCUGCGGGUUCCCCUUCAUUCUUUCCUCCGUCAGGGCCUCUGCCCUGGCCUCCCGAUGGCGCGUGGCGCGCGGAGGCGGGGAGAGCGCUCGCCGACGGACGCGCGGCGGAGGCGUUUCGCAGGGAGAGGCUGCAGGGGGCGGGGGGUGCCGCGCGGAGGCCUGAUAGCCUUCGGGGCCAGCGGGGCGCGACCGGGUUGCUGAGGGUCGGCUCUGCAGUCCCAGAAUCGCGCGCCGCCGCGCUCGCCUCGCAGCCGUGCCUGCGGUCUGCAGCGCCGUCUCCCGACUCGCCCUGCAACCUCUGGGCUGCGCCUCCCUCUCCGCCGAAUCCGCCCGCGGCGGCGGAGUUGCCUUCUCCCUCUCGUGCCGGCGGUCUCCCCCCGCAGCCAAGGAACGGACGGCGCAUUCCCUCGCUUGGGGCGGUCGCGGCUCCGCCGCUGCCGCCGCCUGUCUCUUUGUCGCCGACUCUGCAAGCCUCCACGUCUCCCUUGUCUGCUUCGCUGCCCACGACAUCGGUGGGCGAGCGGCCCUCCACCGCUUCCCCCAGAUUCGGGGCUUCGCGUGCCCCUGAGGUUUUUUCUCCCCUUCUGCCGCCGCAGGCGUCCGCUGUCGUUGCGUCGCCUCCACCCCGCCAGAUGUCGCCCCCGGCGCUGGAGGCGUGGACGGACGACGCUCUUCUCGCAGCUGCGGCGGAGGCUGCCCGCGACGAGCACUGUGGAGCCCAACGCGCCCGAGCCGGCGCCGGGGUCCCCGCGGAGGGCCCGGGCGAGGGGACCCCGGGGGAUGGGCGACGGGUUGUCUCCUUCCAGGGAUUCAGAGACGCAGAGGUCGCGCCCGCGCCCGCGAGGAAGGACCACGAACCGAGUGGGGUGCCUUUCCUCCUGGUGCGCAAGCACUUGGUUCGCCUCCUUGAGCAGAGCGGCAGCAGCCUGCAGUCCGAACGGGGCCUUCAAGCGUACAGACAGCUCCUUCAGCAGGUCGCCGAUGCCACGGUCGGCGAGAGCGGCCGUCACAUCUUCUUUCCGUCUCUUGCGCGGCCUUUGCGUCCCGCAGGAUCGCCUUGCUCGUCGGCCCCAGGCGACCGCGGCGUCGCGGCAUGCCAGCCUGCUGCGUCGACUCUCCUCCCUGCUCCCUCGCGCGCGUCGUGGCCUUCGGCGGCUGCGGCGCUGGAGACCCCGACUUCCCACCUGGAAGUCUCUUUUCUUUCUGCGUCGGCUGCGGGCCUGCCGUGCGCGGCGGCGCAGCUCAGCCAGCCUCGUGCUUGUCUUUCGGCUUCAGCGCAACAGAGCCUGGUCGGCGCGCGGAUGCCCCGCCCUCUGUCUUCGUCUCCCGUGCCCUCCUCGCCCCCGCAGCUGGAGCCGUUUGUGACGCAGCGGAAGGCGCGGGAGGAGCGGCGGCUGCUCCGCCGCGCCCUCCAGGGCUGGAAGGCGUACGCCGACCGCGUCGAUCGCCUGGCGUCUCUCUUCUGGGCCUUUCAAGCGCGGCGUCGCCUGCGUCGUCUCCGGGCCUACCUGACGCUGUGGCGCUGCCGCGCUGCAACGCUCCGCUCGGAGAGAGAAGAGGAAGAAAAGUCUGCAGCUGCCGAGGCGCAGCGUAGCGCAGCACUCUCGCUUCGCGCGCUGCAGGCGUGGCGCGACGGCAUCGUCCGGCAGCGCAAAGAGGAAGAAGACGACGCCGAGUCGCAGGCUCGCAGGCAGGCGCUUCACUCGGCCUUCGAGGCCUGGAGAGACGCCUUGAAGCUGCGACGAGACGCGCGAGAGCGAGCCAUGCUGGUGCACUUCCUCCGCGCGUGGCGGCGGUCGCACCAGCUGCGGAAGGAACGGUCCGAGGCGCUGGAAGACGCGCGGGAAGCUGCGCAACAAACCGCAACAUCUCGGCGCGUCAGAGAGAUCUGGGAUCGGUGGCGGCACGCAGCGGGCGAGCGCCGCUCCGCGGCGGAGGGCAGCGAGGCGAAAGUGCGGCAGCUCGUCCUGCGUCGGGCGUUUGAAGCCCUACGAACCCAGGCGCGGGCCCAGCGCGAGCACCGCGCAGAGGCUGCCGCGUCGACGGAGGACGCGAUGCGCGAGCGGCUGCUGGCACGCGCCUUUCGGGGCUGGCGGAAGGCGACGCUUCUGCAGCGGCCGCCGUUCGCGACGCCCUACGCGCUCCUCUCCUCGCAGGUCGUCUGUCUCUUGCGCCUUGUGGCACUGCUCAAAGCGCGAGACGCUGAAGCGGCUAGCGAGGCGCCCGCCGAGCUCUGGGUCGCGGGAGGUGAAGACGCGCCGCGCAGCGUCGGCGAGGCCUUGGUCGAGCUCGGGGCCGCCCGGCGCAGGUGGGAGCUCGCGCGAGCUGCAGGACGCAGCGGCGAGCCGAGCGAGAGCGAGGCCACGGCAGGAUCGAGCCGCCAGAGACUGGAGACCGAUUUCAGCAUAGUGGACGCCGCGCUCCUCUCGCUUGUGCCUCUCCAUGGCGUCGACAUGCAUCUUCCCAAGCUCAGCGCAGCCGCGCCGCUGAUGGCGCGGAGCCUUCGACAGUAUUAUUUGCGUCACUGCUUCCUCCAGUGGCGGUCGGUUGUCCAGCGGCGCGAGGCCCUCCGUCGGCGCGUCGUCGGCGCGCGCCUCGCCGGCGCCUUCCACGCGUGGAGAGGCUUCGCCCGCCGCGCCAAAGAGGAAAGCGAGAUCCAAGAAAAGCUCAGCCUCUCGCGCGAGAGACGCCUCGUCAGGGAGGCGUGGCAAGCCUGGCGGAAGCGGUGGGCGCGAUACGUCCUCUUCCGGUCGCAGUGCCGCAGCCUGCAGGAAAUGCGUCUUCGGCAUCUGAAGGCUCUCGUGCUUCGAGGCUGGUGGGCGUUCGCGCAGCAUAGGCGCGCAGAGGAGACGCGCAUUUCGGCCGCGAGCGAGAUACGGGCCGCCGCGCUUCGGCGACGGAACUGGGGUGCCUGGAAAGAAGCGUGGCAGACGAAGCGGAGACUGCGCGCCAUGGAGGAGGCCGCUGACUUGCUCAGAGGAAAAGCGCUCCUUGCGAAGGCCAUGAGGGGGCUGAAGCGACAGAGAAAUUCGGCUCGGAUUUUGAGUUCCGCUGCGCGGGCCCUGGAGCGAGAGCGGCAGGGCGUCGCCCUCGCUCUCUGGUGGCGCUGGGCCGCGCGGCGGGCGGCGUUUCAGGAGCUGUGCGACCUGCAGCAGGCGAAGACGCGAGAGCAGCGCUUCCGCGCAGUCUUCCGCAGCUGGCGGAACCUCGCGCUGCGCCGGCGGGUGCAGCAGAAGGCGCUGGCGCGUGUCGCGGCACUGGUGGACGAGGCGCGCGCGCGGCGCAUCUUCCGCGAGUGGUGCGCAGGUUGUUUGCGCAUGCGCCAAAAAGAAGUGGCGGCAAACAGGCUGCAAGCUGUCGUUGGCACAGCGCUCCUGAGGACUGGCUGGCGGGCGUGGAUCCACACGCAAGGCCUCGCGGCGCGCGAAGAAGACGUGAAGCGACGGCGGAAGAGGCGCAUGCAACUGGAGGUUCUCAGAGGGUGGGCAGAGGCCUGCAAGGAACAGGCAACGGUACAGCUUCAUUUGCGUGGUCAGCUGCUUUGCUCGAAGCUCUCGAGGCUUCUGCACCAGUGGCAGCGCCUCGCGUUUCUCUCUCGUCUGGGCUUCGUGCAACGCUCUCGUUCGCGCGUCCUUCUCCUUCGGCGCACGCAGCACGCGUGGCUGUCGGUCCUUCAGGCGAAAAGACUGGAGCACGAGAAAGAGGCCCGCGCCCUCCACCUUUGCCGCACCUUCCGCCUCCGCGCGGCUCGACACUGUCUCCUCGCCUGGCGAGAGACAGCCGCGGACUCUGUUGCGCGGCGCGGCACGGGGGAGACGCUUCGUCUCCGGCUCCAGCGGCGAUCCCUGGCGGAGGUCUGGGAGGCGUGGAAGCAGGUCGCGGUGCGGAGGCGAACGCAGACGCGGGCGUUCCUGCAGGUCGCGCGCAUUCGCGAACGGCGCCUGCUUUACCUCGUUUUAGACACGUGGAAAGAGACACUCGUGUUUCAGCGCCAGGAGGAAACUGCAGUCCAGUGGAGGCAGAAGUCGCUUCUGCAGGCAGGGCUAGGCGCGUGGCUGGCUUGGUCCGCACGAAGGCGAGAGAAAAGAGAAGACUUUGAGGCUCUCCUGCGCAUCCUUGAUCGAGACGAAGGGGCUAGGAGGCGCGCAGAAAAGACAAGAGGAAAAGAGAUCCUUGCCGCUUGGCUUUCGGAGACGCAGAGGCGCCUGGGGCUCCGCGUCGCUCUGUCGACCCUGGAGUGCCUCGCCAACCGUCUCUCCCUCCGGCUCGCUUUCGCCUCGUGGCGCUUGCGGGCGCGGAGAGAGGCCGCCGUCUCUCAGGCCUCCGCGCAGCUCGCCUCGUGGCGGCGGCGCUGUCUCCUUCGCGUCUCUUGGGCAAUCCUCCGCGGUCACCAGGAACGGCUGAAGCAAAUGGAGCUGUCGAGUUACUCGCACCUCUCCAUUUUGCGUCAUCAGCAGCUGCUUUCGCUCUUCGCUGCCUGGCGGGCGCGGGCGCACGCGCUGCGCAAGCAAGCAGCCGACGAGGCCCGAAGGCGCCAGCAGAGCGUGCAGGCGGUGAGCCACGCGCUGGUAGCUUGCAAGCGGAAGGCCUUCCUCUCCUGGCUCAGUGCGCUGGCGGCUAAGCUGCAACUCAAGCAAAAGACACUCCUCCUCCUGAAGAGGCGCAGAGACCAGUUGGAGCGCAGAGUGCUUCGCGGCUGGUGCCGAGUCGUGAGGCAAAAGGCGGAGCUGCGGGAGAGUCUAGCGGUCUUCUCAGAGUCGCACCGCCUCAAGAGCCUGCGUCGCACUUUCUCCGCGCUUUUCGUGGUUGUGUCGCGGCAGCGGAUGAUUCGCGCGCGUCUCCUUUUCUCCCUGGGGCUCCUCGCGCCGUCGGCGGACUUUGCGGUAGCCUCGGGCUCCUCCUCGUCCCUCCACCAGCCCCUGGCGCGGUCGCCGCUACUGUCGCUGUCUCCGCUGGCGGAGGGCGAGGAGGCGUCGCUGCAGCGCCUUUGGGGCCGCGCCUUGCCGGCGCCUGGCCUUCGCGAGGAGGUGUCUCCGUCGGCUUCACCAGCCAGCGCGGGGGGGGGAGGUGCGCGACAGGCGCAGGAGGCGAACCUCUUUGCGUCGCUGCCGCUAGUGCCGCGGCUCAUUGUGUGGGCGGCGCAGCCUCACAUGCUGCAUCUGCUUCUUCUGCAGCCUGGUAUAGCGGCAAGCCUGGUGCACCAGGCGCCGAAUCGAGGCGCCGGCGAAGGCCUCACGCCGUGCGCUCCGCUUCUGCCGUCUCGAGAGGGCGUGAGAGGCGGGGGCGGUCGCGGCCUCGCGCACGCGCGCCUGUCGCGUGGCGUCUCUGAAGCCCGACGAAAGAGACUGCAGACUCGCCUGGGCGGCCGCAGCCGCUCCUCUUCGCCUCUCUGGUGGGGCGAGCCAGGCGACGCCGACGGUCGCGCCGCGUGGGAGGAGGAUGCGGCGAGGGGCGGCGAGCUCUUUCUCGACUUGGCGGCCUCCGGCUCGGGACUGGGAGAGCGCGCGCGCCGCGGCUCGAGCCGAGGGACGGUCACGCCCUCCACGUGCACACCCCACACGGCUCUCACUGUCUCUUCAGUCUCGCCGGCAGUGCCCCUUGGCUUCUUCGGGGGGCUGAGCGAGCUGCGGGCCCCUGCUGCGCCGCAGGGCAGUGAGGAGACCCCCUCGUCGCUGCCGACGGAGUCCUCGCGGCUCCGCGCGCGGAGUGCCUCGGUUCACAUCGAGGCGCAAGCAGACCUCGCCUCGCUGAGCAGGCGACGCUCGAUAUCCUGCGCGCCGCCGGCACUCGCUGGGGCGGGCGACGGCGACGAAGACCUGCUGCUUGCCGACAAGAGGAGCAGCAAAUGCUUCGAGAGGCUUCUCCGCUGCUACGCGCGCGCUGGCCGCAGACUGCGCCAGGGUGGCGCGGGUGCCAGGAGUGAAGCGACUGCCGCCGUCAGUACCGCGUACGCGCGGCCGCAGAGCGAUCUGCAGGCGCUCCUUCUUGCGCAAGUGAGCCACGCGUUCGCCGCGAAGAGCGCCGCGUCGCCGUUCCUGCCGCCGUUUGCCGCAGACGCCCUCACGCCGACGGAGGCGCGUCUGUCUCUCGCCUCCAGUGAAGACCUCGACACGUCGCGCGAGAGCGAACGGAGUGAACAGAGCUCACUCGCUCUGUCGGCUGCCCUCAGCGGUCGUGGCGCUGACCAGCUGCCUCCGGCGCAGGCGAAGAACUGGAGAGAAGAAAUUCCUCUUGACCUCCUCGCCUCCGCGUGGGCGUCGGCGCGUCUUCUCCACGCGUUCCUGCGCGCCUGGAGUCUCCGCGCCCGCAGCCGCAAGACCCGCCGGCGCUGCGAGGCCGCAGCUGUCUCCGCCUUCGGAGCCCAUCGGAGCGUGCGCCUUGUGCGUUUCACCUGGCGCCUCUGGUGGGCUGUGAAGGCAGGGAGGGAGGAGAGCGCGCGGCGGAAAAAGGAGGUCAUCGCGUGGGGGCUGCAGAGCAGAGUUUUCGCGGCGUGGCGCGCCUGCGCCGCGGUCGACUCUGGCGCGGUGGCGCGUGCGGAGGCCUUUUGCGCGGCGAGGCUGAACCGGCUGGCGCGCGAGAGAGUCGCGGCGUGGCGGGAGAUCGCAGGCGCCCGGCGCGCGGAGAGACAGAAAGUGGAGGCGUGGAGAGCAUCGAAGGAUGGGGAACUCAAGGCGGAACUCUUUCGCCUGUGGACGCACCUGGCUGCUGUCAACCGGGCCGGGGCUCAGCUGUACGUUCAGCGGAAACGCGCGACAACUGUCGAGAUUUUCACCUCGUGGAUGCGGGAAACUGCCAAGAGACAAACCGCCAAGAAACUCGCGACCGUUGUGGCCCGCCCUGGCCUCUUUGCGGGCUUCUCGCUCCUGCGCAUUUGGAGCCUCACGCGGUCGAACGGCCUCCGCCGCGCAGCCGCGUGCCUCGACGCGUGGCGGCAGUACACGGAGAGACGCAGGCGGCUCGCGGGCGCGAUGGUGUAUUUCCAGACGCUGGGAAAGGUGUCGCUGCUUCAGCACCACUUUUCUGCGUGGCUCGACGUGCAGCGCCGGCGACGGCGUCUGCUAGUCCUUCAGCGCACAGCGGAGAUCGCGUCGUUACUGCUGCCGCUGCAUCGCGUGUUUGCGCGCUGGCGGGCCCUGGCCGUUGACCGCCUGGCGACGCGCAGCCAGCUGCUUCACCAGUUUCUGGCUCACCGGCAGACGCCGUUCCUGGCGCUCUCUGCACAGGCCAGCGGCCCGGGGGGCGAAUCAGCGGAUGCACGCGGCCGCGACAGCUGCUACGCCUACUGGGCCAGGUGGAGAGUCGAGGAGGCGUGGGCUGUCUGGAAGCGACGAUUCCGCUUGAGGACGCUGCUGAGGCGACAGGCGACCCGCUGCGCCCGGGCGUGCCUUGACACUCUGAAACAGGCCGUGCAGCGCCGCCGCGCCGUGGAGGCCUUCGUGCGGAGACGCCGCGCGCUGCUCGUCCAGCGAGCGCUUGUCGCCUGGCAGGUGUACGUACAGCGCCGCCUGCUCAAGGAGCAAAGGACUGCGCACGCGGUUGAGCGGUACCAAGGCCACGUGCUCCAGCAGAGCUUCGGGCAGUGGCGGUGGCUCCUGCAGCGCCUCCAGUGGGAGCGCGCCGUCGUGGAGGUCUCUCAGGCGAAAGCCAAUCGACGCAUCUGCUCCAAGGUUCUCGAGGGUCUGCGCGCGCACGCAGCGUCUCGGCUCGAGGAACGGCGCCGCGUGGCGACUCUCCAAAGAGGCGUUUCUGCACGUCUUCUCUUCCAGCUUCUGCGCGCCUGGCGCGCGCUGGGCGCCGCCCGCCAGCACGCCGCACAAGCCCUGGUGAAAUCGUGUUUCGCGCGCUGGCGAACCGCCUUCAAGACGCAACAGGGGCUCGACGGACUCGCGGCGGCGCAGCGAAGCGUCGAGCGACGGCAGCUCGCGCGCGCCCUCGAGGCCCUGCGAGGCGAGAGCUUGCGCUUCGCGGCGAUGCAAACGCUCGGCGAGCAGAUGCCGUGGCUGAGAGACGCGCUCGAGGAGAAGAUCGGGGCAGCUCGUGCGUCGCUGUCGUUUGCGCUCGUCUCGCUGCGCACCUUCGCCGCCCACCGCGUUUCGCGUCGGCGCCAGGCGCGACUGCUUGCGACUGCGUUGGGCUCCUGGACGCAGCGGCAGGAGACAGAGGGUCCGAAGCGCCUCUUGCGGCCGUGCCUCCUGCACUGGCGCGGGGCGCUGCAGUAUCGGCUACAUCUUGAGGCGGCCGAAGACGCGCUGAAGCGUCAUGUAGCGUUCAGACGAAUGCGGCAAGCCUGGUUGAAGUGGUGGCGUCUGCAGCGCGAAGAAGAGAGGGAACGAGAAUUGCUGAAACUCGCCGACGAAACUCGCAAAGCCUGGGCACUCGAAAGAGGCCUCCUCCUCCUCCACGAGCACCGACUCCAAAGCGAGUGGAUGGCCUGGUGUACCUACAGGGCGGAAGAGUUUGUGAUGGAAGGCAGGAAAACUCAGGCUCUCGUCUGUUUCAGAGCCUGGCACGCUUGGAUGGCGACGUGCCGAGACCGCCGUCGCCGCGGACUGCGUCUGCAAGAACUCUCGCGCCUGUGGAGUUUGUCCGCCGCGUUCGGGGCUGUGCGGGACGUACAUGAAAAGCGGAGCAGACUGCGACAAGCUGGGGAGUUCCUCGUGGGGAAAACCGAGAGAAAUGAACUGCGCACGGCCUGGCGGGCGUGGCGCGAGGUGUACGUACACCUCGUGGCGCUCAAACCGCGUCUCGAAGCUCUUCUCGCUCGCCAGGCAUUUCAACGUGUCUGCCUGGCAUGGUCGGGGUGGCGUACGUGGCAGCAGCGGCGCGCGCAACUUCGCGAGCGUCUGGCGCCCCUGGCGGAGAACGCGCACGCGCUCGCUGAGUUUCGGCUUAUACUCGGGUGCUUUCGCCGUUGGCGCGAGGCUCUCGAGCAGAAACGGAACCUGUGGCGGCAAAAGGAAAGCCUCCUGCAGAGGCACGUGGUGCGUCGCCUCCUCAAGGAGAGCUUCGGCGCCUGGGCGAUCUGCACGCGAGAGAUUCAAUUCGUUCGAAGCACGAAGGCCGCAGCAGCGACUGCGGCGUCUCAGGCCCUCUCGGCCGCGCCUCGCCCGUGCGACCGUGUUCGCUUCUCCCCCUCGAACUACGGCCUGGCGCCGAUCCCUGAGGAAAGCGAGAGGACAAAAUUUUCUUCGCGGCUGUCUCUUUCGUCCUCCGACGCCUCAAACCAGAGCGCGCGUGUUCGGCUGCGCGCGGCAGACGCCGACUCCAUCAGCCCUGAAGCGAGCGAGUGUGGCGGCAGCGGAGACGAGAACGGGGUCGGGGCGCGGGGCGAGAGAGCGGGGAGCCGAAGGAGGUGGAGGUCGGCGUCGUCUCCGCGCCCGUCCUCGGACUCUGAGGCGGCGCCGCGAAAAGCGAAACUCAGGAUCUCGUGGUCGUCUCACUCAGACUCAGACCGCGGCGCGCCGGCGCGUGAGGAGGACGCGGAGGAGGCAGGAAGUCGGCGAGGCGAGGAAUCUUCGCACGUCUUGGUUGGGGGCCGCGCGAGACGCGCGCGCAAUGAGGCGAGCGUUCGCGACCGCAGGAGAGAGGGAGAGGGCGAGGCGCGCCUGCGAAGCAAGAGUGGCAACUUCAUCGCGUAUCGCGGCUCGCCAGAAACCGCGCCUUUCGCCCAGGCUAGAGAAGAAGAAGAGAACGAGGGGCGGCGCGUCCACCGCGGAAGCGACAGACUGGAGAGAAGCAGAGGAGACGCGCAAGAAAGAGAAGGCGCUGUGCUUGCGAGAGGGGCACUGGUGAGCGGCAGACACCGCAGCCCCGAUGCUGUGUCUUUCUCUCUUGCGUCUUCUUCAUCUUCUCUCGCCUCGUCUGCCUCCUCUGCGUCGCCGCUGUCUCCUUCCUCACAGCGCCAGUCGGCUGGGGGCCGCCAGUUGCGUCGGUCUCAGAGUGGCGUAUCUGGCGCGGCCUCUGCAGGCGAGCGCCUCGCCGUCGCCUCGCCGCCCUCUUUUUCGACGUCCGCGCGGUUGAUUCGGCCGGAGCCUCCCCCCGGAAAGCAGCUGCUGCUUCGCGACCUGCUGACCGACUCCUCGGUUUCCUCCGCCUCGUCCUCCGCCGCUUCUUCGCUGGCGUCUAGGCCAGAGCUCGACGAGGUGGCGAGCUCCGUUCAGCGGCGCAAGGCUGUCGCGGAUCCCGACUCUGCAGCUGCAGCUGCUUCUUCUCUGUCCGCGGUCGCGACUUCGCUGUUGGAGGCGUUCGCCAGCUCACCCGCGUUGCCGCAGUCUUCCUUCGCCGGCGUCGCGCGGGCGCUGCUGCAGCGUGCGCUGACUGACGGUCACGCCAUGGCUCGCGCCUCUGCUCGAUCUCCGCUCUCGCUUUCUUCUUCAGCAGAAACCGGCAGCGCGCGCAGCUCGAGUGUGGUCAGCUCAGGCACAGCCUCGCGGUCGCCGAGUGCGGCCUCCAGCCGGCGAUGGAGCGUCGGAGGCGAGGCGGAGGCAGACGCGAAAAAAGGGCGGCGCCCGCUGCACGGGCGGAAACGCAGCGAGACAGAAGACGAGGGAACCGAAACAACAGAGGAGGAGGAGGAAGAAAAUGAAGGAGACUCCGGAGAGGAGGAAAUGGGAGGCAGGCGCCCCGGGGUGGACAUCGAGCAGCUGCAUGCGAGAGGUCUUCCUCGCCCUGUCAUAGCUGCGAUCCCACAGGCCCCCGCGUCGGCAUUCGCGAUUCCGUCUUCGCUGCCGGGCUCGCUCCUCACUGCCUCGCGGGGCAACGCCGCUUCCGCCCGCAGCCCACUCCGCAGUGAAAGACAUCAAGAACUCGAAACCGAAGUGGAAGAAGAAGAAAACGAGGCAGACAGCGACGGAGUGAGGGAGAGGCGCGAGGAGGGGCGAGUCGCGGCGGGGUGGAGCGGACGCGCUAACGUCCAGCCAAGAGCCGCGAGACAAAACAAAGGAGACGCCAGGGGAGCGGAGCCGGAGGAAGAAGAGAAAGAAGAAGCAGAAGACGAAGAAGCAGAAGGAGAGCAAGACAGGACAGGCGUUCCACCAGGCAGUCGGUCUCCUCUCGCAAGCGACAGCGAUGGGGUGCCGACGCGCGACCACCGCGCAGGCGCAGCGGAAGCACGGCUGCGCAAGAACGAGGCGACCCAUCCCUUCUUCUUUUCUCUCUUGUCUCCGUCGCCGUCUCUCGUUGAAGAGGCGGCGCAGGCCUCUUCCUCGCCCUCCUCGGCGUCCGUGUCGUCGUCUAUCCAGCGAACUGAGCAGCUUGCACCGGUGUGGGCGGGUGUCCAGACGCCGGGCUCCCGCGCGACUGGGCGUGCAGAAACGUUGCAGAGGUGCGCUGGAGGCCUGCGCGAAGAAUCUGAAGAUUCCAGAGGCAGGGGAAGCCCCAGGCGCGCUCGCGGAGAGACGGACGGAGAGGCAGACAGUUCCGCGAGGGUUGAAGACGCGGAGGCGGAGGAAGACCGCGGCAGGGGAGGUGGAGGACGCCAAGCCGCGGUCGCCCUCGUCGGGGGGCUCGGAGGCCACCCUGCACUUCCUGUCUCUUCAGCGCUCUCUUCAACUCUUCAGCUCUACGAGCUUGCGCCUCUCCCUCCCGAGGGAGGCACGCCGCUGGACGCUUCUGCGCGGGAGGUGCUGCAUCGCGCAGUUCUGGGCUCCGGGGAUGAGGAAGACGAUGAAGAAGAAGAAGGGCGGCUUGACGUGGGGGAGAGGAACCAGCGAGAGGCGAGCAAGACUGAGAGCCGAGAGGAGGGAGGUCGACGCGCACCGUCGCCGCAACACCGAGGGGUCGCUUCUCUUCACGGUCUGCCCGGCCUCGCAGCGUCUCUCGUGGCAUUUUCGCAGUCUGAAGGAAACGCCUACAACUCUGCGUCUCCUCGCGGGUCCCCGCAUUCGCGGCCUGAGACGACGCGCGCGCCUUCGUCGCCUGGGCGGGCUCGGGGGGUCGCGAGCCCCGCGGCGGCGGGCCCUGGGGAGAUCCGCGCAGAGGCGGAGGACACAGGAGACAGCGAGGCGGAACUCCGCGAGCUGCUCACCCGCCUCGAGCGGUUGGAGGCCCUUCAGAGGCUGCAGCUGCUGGAGGACGAGGGGGAGGAGGCGAGGCCUCUGCUGACUGGAGUGGCCUCCGGGCUCUCGUCGUCGCUCCACGCUGCGUCCUCCGCGGAAGCGUCAAGCCCCGCGGCUGUGGAGGCGCCGCUAAGCGCGCGAGUCUCCUCGGGACAGCUCGCCUCUCCUUUGGCGGCGUCGCGCGGCCGUGAGGGGUCCCCCCUGUCUCCCUCCGCAGGGCAGGUCUCUCCAGGGAGCGGCGCGAAUCACAAGUCGAGGCCACCGGGUCGAAUCCGCGCGUCCGUCUCUCUCUCCGCUUCCUCCGUCGGCGAUUAUGGCGGCGCGCGGACGCGGCGCCGCGACGCAGAAGAAGGCAGCGAAGCAGGCCGAGAGGGAGACGACGCAGACGCACGUGAAGGCGAGGAGGAGGAGAACGGAGACAGCAGGGACGCAGACAGGCGACGGGGGGGUCCGGCGGGAGAGCGACAAGCGCUGUUGAGACGAGCAGCGGAGCCAGAAGAAGAUGAAGAAGAGGAGGAAGAGAUGGAUGGAGAACGAGGGGUGUUUCAGGAGGAGGAGAAGGUAGUAGAGCGUCGGCAAAGAGUGGUGGAGGAGGAGGAAGAAGAAGAGUGGCUUGCGCAGGUCGUCGCUUCGUCCAGGAGACGCCUGGCAGGAGACAGCCGCCUUAUGGGGAGAGCAAACCAGUCGCGGUGCGAUGCCGGGCGAGGCUGCGAGCGAGAAAACGAGGGCGAACCACACAGAGACAGGCACGACAUCGCAUCGAUUGCGGGCAGCGAAGAGCUGCUCGAGGAGGCGUGGAAGGAAGCCGGAGAGGAGACGCGGAAUGUCCUUCUUGAGAUUCACCGCGAAAUGAAGGGCGUGUCGCUUCUCAAUGGCGAGCUUUCGAACGGGCCCUGA